AUGCCGCUCUAUUUACACCCUCACCUGAAGCGGGGACUGGACUUUGAUGGUUUCCAUGUCGACCCAGAAGACCUCCUCGAAGAACCACUCGCAGAAUACGAGGACGCUGAGCACCGGGCAGCGAAGCGACGAAGAAUCGAAGCGAUUGCAUCCCGAUAUCUGCGUGGCCGAGCACCCGUCAUUGUCACAGCAGGGCUAAGAGGACCCUUCAACAAUGACUGGAAGAACCCAUGGGCAAAACCCAUAGUAGAAAAAAAGAAGAAGAAGAUAUCACACAAGAGCAACAAGGCCGCUGUUGGUCGAAGAGACGCAAUUGGGCAUAGGAGCAGCGCAAGGGUGAGGAGGAGCACUGAAAGCGUUGUCGUCGAAGAAUCCGCGCCGCCCCAGACAGAGUCGCCAGAAACAUCCAGGGCUGCCAAGGACGACCUCGACCGCCGCGAACACGACGAUAGCCUCGACGAAAUCGAAGUCCCGCCCGCGACAGCGCCCUUACCCGACGACGACGACGAAGAAGAUGUACCCGAAACGAUAGAAUCCGUGAGCAUAUCCACGGCUAGAUGCAUACAAAGUCGCUCUCCCAUGACAAACCCAUUCUGGUUGCGUCGCCCUGACUCCGCCAGAGUCGACAUGCGCAAAGCCACAAACCGGAACACGGACACGUCUCCAACACGAUCACGAUCGCGAAAUAGCGCCUCACAAACACAAACGUUAUCAGAAUUGCGGCUCAGUCUCCCAAAAGCACCUAUUCAGGCUCAGACAUCGGCACUUGGAGCAUUGGAGCAAGAGGAAUGGGCAUCAAGCGCGUCGGCUUCCAUGAUGAUAUCCUCACCUACCAGGGGUGCCGAUACGGAAGUUCAGGCACAAGUCCUAACCGCUGCAGACUCAGUAACCGAGGCAGGUGAUACUCCGGCUCUGACCAUAGCAACACCUCACAGCAGUCAGUCGGGACAACGGUCACAGCGGACAGUACCGAUCAUUACUUCUUCGAUAGGAAGUCAGGGAAGACGUACAAGAGAUGAUGUACAGCAGCCAGUUUCUAGAAAAUCGAAACUGAGGCCGAGAGCAGUCAACUUCGACUCAUCGCCAGAGAAAGCUCCCUCAGUCAGAGAACCAGUUGCUGACAAGACUGCUACCCAGGAUGAAGCCAAGAAUGAGCUGCAGGAGGUCUGUACAGAGGAAGUUACCGUCGAAGUGCAAGCAUCUCCGCAGGUGGAAGGACAUGUUACUGUGGUCCAGGAUGAGAAUUCGGAUUUCCGCACAAGUCGAGGCAGUCAUAAUUCUGACUGGUCUACACAAGCCGCAUUGCUGCGAGCUCAGCUUGAGUUCCAGCAAAGCACUUUCCCCAUAGUAUCGCCUGAGGUCCUUCGAUUGGAUUCACAACCCUCACUUCGAGAUACACCCCGUCCGUAUUUGGCCGCUCCCAUCGCAGCAACUACACCCCAUUCUGGCUUCACGGUCCAGCGAGACGAACCGCUGGCACCCGAGACUGUACUGCAGGCUCCACCCAUCAGUACGCAGGACCUCUUUGGCGCAGCGUCACCAUUCGCGUUCAGCACAGUGAAGAAGAAGCCUGAAGAAUCACAACGAAGCAAUCUGCGGUUCGCUCUCAGUCCUAGUGAUGGGGUACUGAAAGCUGACGCAAUCGCUAAGAGCCCCACUCCUGGUACCGACCGAAUUCCAUUGAAGGAUAAGAACAACAUCACAUCGAUCUGGAGCUUCACUACAGACAAAGCUUCACAAGGAUCUCAGGGGCUUUUAGGUGACAUGUCCAAGGGGGCGUUGAAGGACAUUAGAUUCCCAGCACUGGACAUCGACACGUCACUAGGUGACUUCGGCCCUACUGGUGAUCUGGAUUUUACAGAUCGAUUCCUUCCGCCGCUGCUCUGCACGCUAAUCUGGAAGAUCCGCCCCUGCUGGCCCUCCGCUGUGUCUCCGCCGCGCCCAAACGACCGCAUCCUGGCAAACGACCUGAGCGCCCACCCGGCAAUAUCUGCCACCCAUCCUGCCACGAGGUGCCUUCCCAACGGUCGAAUCAAUGUCGAGCCCAUGUCACCCCAGCCGGACGCCCAAGGAAAUACCUCACCCCCCGCAUCGGUGAGGUCGAACGCCAGCCAUGGAGUUCGCACGCCGGACCCCGAGCACGACCAAGUGACGCCCAAGACCCUCUCCCAGACGGGCCGUUCACGCACGGCUCCCAUUGUCCACGAUAACAACAACCUUUGGAAGUCGUCAAUUGACCGCCCCCAGCUGGACGAGCGCGACAGCAUAUUCGCGACUACCUAUCUCCACACCGACAGCCCCAUCUCCUCUCCGCGGGCCAGCGCACGCAAUGUAGACCCCGCCAACGAUGCUCCCGAACACAGUCUGUCAGAGAUGGCAGCACCAGCACCUCCCCAGAGGCGAUUGAUGGAUCCGCCCAUCAUUCGCAGGAAACAUUCCACCCUGCCGCCAUCCACUUCUUCUAUCGACCACCAAGCCGUCUUGACUACCCCCUUCAACCCCCGCGCAGCCAUUGCAGCUGGUGUGGGUUUCGACGCCAUCCAUCACAGUCCUCCGCCCUUUAUGAGUCCCGUCGAUUCGCCCGUACAGCACCCCAGCACCCCACCGCGUCCCGAACUCCAAUACGAGGCUCUUCUCGAGAGCGAGGAGAGACGUAGGAAUAGAGAAUGGCGUGAGGGAAAGCCUGUUCCGUUCAAGGGCAACAUGAUCUCCGACCAGCCUGUCAUGGACGUUGAGAUGGAAAAGAAGAUUGAAGCAACACUUGCCAAGACUGAGCAACCUACGUCUGCCCGCAGUCGGAAAGCAAGCCACUAUCUACGCGUAUUCAAGGAUGGCGACCCUACCGAAGAACCGAGGAAGAAGGACAACAAGGCGAGAGAGCGUCCGUCCGUUGAGAGAACCCUGUCCACGCUUUCAGAGGAAGCCACAAACGAGACUGUUGCUCUGAUCGAUCAGCUCCGUCGCGCGUCAAUGGCGUCCUCCGUCGUACAGUCACCUCUGGGCGGUCCAAUUGAGUCAUACUUUGAAGCGAAAGCCGCACCUCGCACGGAACCAGGCGCUGUCGCCACUCCCUCUGACGGAAGCACGCGACCGGAUGUGAGCACUCCAGACAAGAAGCAAUUCCCGCGGCGUCUUCUCGAGGACAUUCGCGGCUUCGGAAACUUGACCCCUGGCGCGGACCCAAGAUCAUUGCUCUCACGCAGUCUUCCUACCUCGGCGGUGGAGAAGGUUCACGCACACGCACCAACGAACGGAUCAGCACACUAUCACGAGCCGUCCGAUUACUUCCAAGUCAAAGAUGGAGGCAACAGAGAACGUACACCGGGCUCGGAGGAAGACGACGAAUCGGAGAAAGAGCAAAUAUCUUCAGCUCUAUACUUCCCCCAUAGGCGUCUCAAGACAAGUGAGCAACUGCCUGCAGAAACACAGAACCAAGAUAGAGAGGUGAAUGCUGUCGAGAAGAGGGCUUCAACUCACGAAGUUGCGGGGCCAAAGGGCUGGGCCACAGAGAAGGAUGUGCAAACCCCACAAGAAGUAGAAAUUUCUCUACAGUCCCAAGAUACCAAUCAAUGCCUUCAUGGUGAUAUCUCCACGGCGACUUCCGUAAAGAAAGACAAAGAACAACCGCUGACGUCCGCUGGCGAUGCGCUUUCAGCUGAAUCUGAAUCUGAGUCGAUUGCCGAAUCUACUCAGUCACAUCUUGGUUAUGAAUCCAGUGCGACUGAUGACCUAGGAACGACGCCCACUGCGACUACGCACAAACAGGAAGUUAAAGCCGCUGCGCCACAGGUAGCUCAGCCACCCGCCCCACUGGGAGCUGUGGAGCUGAAGCCGUACGAUCACCAAGUGGGCGGCCAUUCCACCGUCUACCGUUUUUCAAGACGAGCAGUUUGCAAACAACUGAACAAUCGUGAGAAUGAGUUCUACGAAACAGUGGAGCGGCAGCACCCAGAGCUAUUGGAAUUCUUGCCAAGGUACAUUGGUGUCUUGAACGUGACUUAUCGAAAAGCACCCAAAAAGAAAAAGGGCGCCAAGGACAAAGCGAAAUCUGAUGCCGCGCCAACUACUUCUGCAACACAGUCAGAAAAUGCUUCAAGACAGGCUUCCAAAGCUCCUGGAGAUCGGGGCAAAGAUGAACAACCCCGAGUAGUCAGCCACUCGCAACAAGUUGGUAUGACCAUUCCUCAGGUAAUAUUCGAGAACAAUCGGCAUAUCAUCCCAGACAACCUAUUUCGUGUGCCACCACGUUCCACCACUCCAGAUCCAUGGAUGAGGAAUUCCUCGAUCUUACAGCAGCAACAUCGGCGAAACCAGAGUGAUUACGGACAUGUCUCUCAAAGUCCAACACGGCCUCCGUUGCAGCAUACCAGCAGUUGGGGUGUCACGACAAUCAACAGAAAACUACAAGAAGAAGUGCUUCGUCAAGUUUUCGCACCGCCACCCAUCCAUCAUCGGUCGCGUCACCACCACCAUGGGAUCUCUACCCGCAAGGCUGGAAGAGACACACCACAGACUGUGGCUGGUUCUGCGCCUACCAUAAGGAGAAAUAGCACAGAUGUAUCUGGUUUGCAUCCACCACUGACAGAAGAGUGCACACGAAAACAAGUUCUGAAAGCUGAAGCACACCGACAUGCUUCCGACAAGAACCCCGAUUCUGCCCUUUCUAGCUCGGCUGGACGACCAGAAAUGAAUGGCGAUACUCUGAAGCCAUCGCAAAACACUAUUCCCCGCCGUCGUCAUUCUGGAAGUGGACUUACUAGGAGACCUUUGGGAAUAGAUACUAUCCAGAGACACAACUUGGAAUACUAUGAAGAGGACGGCUAUGGUGGUGAUGCCGAGGAGGAGGUAUUUGCCAUGGACGAGGAUCGCAACGCCCUGACCGACGCAAAGGAACAGAACAGGGGUCGGUCUGUGCAAGUCUCCGGCACACUCAAUGGCUCCGAUGCUCAGAGGCCAACGGAGGGUACCAUGCUGCCAGCUCCAGCUGUUCCUAAUGGCACGGGUGCUCCGCUUAAGGACGAACCUUCCAACCCCGAUCAGGCGCAGCACCAGCCUGACGAGCGCGUUCAACACUUCAUCCUUCUUGAAGACCUUACUGCUGGCAUGACAAGGCCUUGUGUCUUAGACUUGAAGAUGGGUACGCGCCAGUAUGGUGUGGAAGCCGAUGAGAAGAAACAGCGGUCUCAACGGCGCAAGUGUCAGAUGACCACCAGUGCUCAACUCGGCGUGCGAGUCUGCGGUAUGCAAAUUUGGAACGCCAAGACCCAGAGCUACAUCUUCGAGGACAAGUACUUCGGUCGAGAUCUGAAAGCAGGAAAAGAAUUUCAGGACGCGCUUAAGCGCUUUUUUUGGGAUGGGACGAGCUACAAAGCAGCAAACAGACACAUACCCGUCAUAUUGGAGAAGAUCAGCCAACUGGAACGCAUGAUACGAAAACUUCCAGGAUACAGAUUCUACGCGAGUAGUUUGUUGAUGCUCUAUGAUCGUGGGGACGGUGAGUCGAAGGAGAAAGACGCAGCACCCUCUUUACCUAACGGCUUGUCGAACCCGAGCAACGAAGACGUUUCAACAAUACCAUCUGGACUUACAUCACCAGGGCCGACAGUCGCUUCUAAACCGUCACCCAAGAAGCACGGAGAGAUCAAGCUGAAAAUUGUCGACUUUGCCAACUGCGUGACUGCAGAAGACCCUCUACCAGACGACUUACCUUGUCCACCUGAAAAUCCCGACGGCAUCGAUAGAGGGUACCUCCGUGGCCUCCGAUCACUACGCCUCUACUUCCAACGCAUUUGGAAUGACAUCAACGAGGAAUGGGUCGAACGAGGCGAGGGCGAGGGCAUGGCGCGAAAUCAUCACCAUGGCCCUGGUUUAGGUGAGGUUGGUGCGGGCUGGAUGGAUGAUGCUGGUGGUGAGGAUACAGGCUACGCCAGUUUCUAA